CAGGAAACACACCUGAGAGAGAGGCGGCAGGCGGCAGGGACAGCCUCUCUCCACGCCUCACACUGCCGCUUCUGUGCCGCGCAGCCGCAGCCGAGGACUGUGUGGCGCCAUGAGGGGGGCGCCCUGGGUGCUCCUGAGCUGCCUGUGCUGUUGCCUCCUGGGAAAUAACGCAUCAGCAACAUCACCUUCUCUGUCAUCCCAAGGAUACACGACACAGGGAGGAAACACAUUGCCACUCUCCAGUGUCAGCAGCAGACCUCCAGCGACAUCAGAGGCCCUCAAUGGGAUAAGCUUCAGAGGUUCUCUUCCAAGAAGCACAGGGGAUGCGUCCCCAUCUGCAACCGGAAGUCUCACUCCAGUCAUCUCAGUGACAACUGCAUCAAAGGGACCAUCAACAGCACCGCCAUUCAGCACCUCAUCUCGGGACACACCUCCCUCUCCUCGGGACUACCAGGCUAGGAGUGUGGAGACCACCAGAGAGUCUCAAACCAGCAGCCUUGCAGGGGUGAGCACAUCAGUCCCUCCAUCCUCCCCAGGUGGAAAUGCCCUGACGGAGACGGCCUCUCAAGAGGCGUCCUCUCCACCGCAAGCCACCACCUCACCUCCUUCCAAUGUCAGCGGCACACCCUCAGUGACACCAGCAGUGGUUACCAGGACGAACUCCGCUCCAGAUCCUCCACUCUACUCCACUCCUCCGCUCCAGGGCAAAUCCCUGCUUACAACAGGAAGCGUCACUCCAGUCACCGCAGGGGUCUCAGUGACAGCUGCAUCAGGACAAUCAAGAGCACCACUGUCCAGCAACUUUCCUCAGCGUCAACAGAGUCAAAGCAUGGAGGCCACCCAGGAAUGUCCAGUAUGCACCUGCACAUCGGUGACUAUGACAGCUCGUUCGUCCUCCCCAGGCGGGAACAGUCUGGCAGUGACACUUUCUCGGGAGCCAUCUUCCUCUUCAGGUGCAUCAGCCCUCUCCAGCGUCAGCAGCAGCACACCCGCAGUGACAUCAGCGGUGGUCACCACGACAGCCUCCGCAGACUCUGCUCCCGGAAACACGAGGGACACACUCCUACCUGAACCCACAAGUCUUGUGGCCAUCACCUCAGGGCUCUCAAUAACAGCUGCGCCAGCGGGACUGUCAACAACAGUGUCUUCCGGCACUUCUGCUCAGGACACAGCCUCUUUUCCUCCCAGCCCACAGACUCCGAGUAGGGGCGUCUCUGUAGAAGCGCACGCCGUCAAACCCUCAGGCACAACUCCCACUUCCUCAUCCCCAGCAGCGGGCACAGGCAGUCCCGGAAGUGCUCUCCCAGACCCGUCUACCUCCACCCGCAGCUUCUCCUCUACUCCCUUCACUGAUAGCCAAACAGCUCAAUCUCUAGCUGAACUGUCCGCUGCCACCAGUCGUGACAGUACCCAAGAGACGACAGUAAAGUCUGUUUUCGUCCACAGCACCUCUUCCCCCACCAUGUCUGAUGUCUCAAAUACAGGCAGAGCCACUGACCUAACUGACCUAUCAACCCCAACCUCUCUCAUCAGCUCUUCUCAGGAAACAUCAGCCAUUUCCAAGAUGGCGCAGACCCAAAGUACAGGAACCACCAGAGGAUCUGAAACCACCAGUUUGGUCUCGCUGGUGAUGGACACCAUCUCAACAGCCACAGUCCCACCUACGUCCACUCCAAGUGGGCACAUGUCUCUGCUAACUGAUGCCCACAUCCUGCCACCUUCAGACACCACUAAAACCUUUCUUCCAACCCCAGUCAGUGGUAGCCAUGGGACUCAGACAAGAGCACCAACUUUGUCACCCUUGAGAACUGAUGGGCCACGUGUGGUGAGUCCCACUGCACACAGUGAUGUUGCUUCUCAUUCUCCUUCCUUAGGUUGGUCCGCAAGUGGAGAUGUUCUGACACUAAGCUCAAGCUCAGUGGUCCAUGAGAACCAGACUGCCGGGGUCUCUCAUUCUGAAGGUUCUGACAAGACCGUGCCAAACACCACACUGUCCUCACUGGGCAUCUCAACCACACCCACCCAUGAGUAUCCUAAAACCGUUCAGACCACACCAUCUACCACCAACCCCAGGACAAGUUCAGUGUAUAUGGGUCCCACAAACAGUCAUGGUGGUCCAGUUGGCUCUACGUUGGCUUUAUCAUUUUCACCUACAAACUACUCUUCAAGCAAGAGCACUCUGGGAACUUCCUCACCAUCUAAGCAUCCUACUCUACAGCCAUCCACAGAUGUUUCUUCCUCUGGUUCUGCUUCUGCUGCUAAGGUGGACACAGACCAGACCACGCCAAGUUUCCACACUUCAAUCAGUAAUUCUUCAUUUUCUCAGCCAUCCCUUGCUCCUGCAGGAAGUUCCAUGUGGAGCACCGCCACCCGCCUCGCAGCUCACACCUCUCCCCUGUCUGUUACCAGCCCUUCCUCGCCAUCCACACCAUCCUCAGGCUCCCCGGAGAAGGCCGAAACCUCAGGAGUGACCACGACCCCCCAGAGCACAGUGGCCUCUCCACUCCCCACAGUCCCCCGAACCCUCCCAACCUCCACUGCCAGCACACUCAUGGGCUUGUACUCCACACCCUCCUCGGGUCCUGUCAAGCCAGAACCAGGUGUCUCCCUCUUCCCAUACGGGACAAGCGAAGGAGACCAGCGCUUUGUGGAGAGGACUGUGGACUUUACCUCACAGCUCUUCAGGAUCAAGAUUGGCUUUCCUCUUGGCUCCUCUCUGUGGGACUCCUUCUAUUUCACAGACAAUGGCCAGAUCUUCUUCCCGGAGUCAGACAACCAUAUCUUGGCCUACCCCAACCCACCCCCGGGAGGGUUCACCGGACAGCACACGGUGGCCACUGUGGCUCCAUUCUGGGAUAAUGCCGAUUUCUCCAGCCAUGGUGGGACCAUCUUUUACCAGGAAUAUGAGACACUCUACAAUGAAUACAACCGACUAGUCCGGCAGGUGGAGACUAUGAUUAAAAAGUUCACAAGUUCCCAGAACUACAGAGCCAAAUGGACCCUAAAGGUCACGUGGGUCAAUGUCUCUGCCUAUCCUGCCCUGCAGGCCUCUGGGACCAACACCUACCAAGCCAUUCUCUCCACGGACGGAAGCAGAUCCUAUGCCCUGUUUCUGUACCAGAGCACUGGGAUGCAGUGGGACGUGGCUCUGCACUCGGGCAACCCUGUCCUCAUGGGCUUCUCCAGUGGAGACGGCUACUUUGAGAACAGCCCGCUGAUGUCCAGGUCACUGUGGGAGAAGUAUCGUCCAGACCAGUUCCUGGAUCCCAAAUUAGGUGUCCGGGGGCUGCAGAUCUACAGGCUGCACCGGGAGGAGAAGCCCAACUUCCGCCUGCGGUGCCUGCAGCGGCUGAGCAGCCUGCGGCCCAGCUGGACUCGGAGGCCGAUCUUCUGCCCUUGCUCCUGGCAACAGGGAAGAUGGGACUUGCGGUUCCAGCCCAUCCGCACAGGCAGGCGGGGUCCCCAUGGCCAGCACUUGUGCAGCUUCUCCUCCUGGCGUGGCGGCGUGUGCUGCAGCUACGGGCCCUGGGGGGAGUUCCGGGAAGGCUGGAGUGUGCAGAGCCCGAAGCUGCUCGAGCUGCUCGACAGGGAACUGGAGACACAGAACUGGUGCUGCCGCUGGAACGACAAGCCCUCCUUCUGUGCCCUGUACCAUGCACGGCGGCCCCGUGUCGGCUGCGCUGCCUACAGGCCCCCACGGCCUGCCUGGAUGUUUGGGGACCCCCAUAUCUUCACCUUGGAUGGCGCCAACUUCACCUUCAAUGGGCUGGGGGACUUCCUGCUGGUCCAGGCCCAGGACGGCAGCUCCUCCUUCCUGCUCCAGGGCCGCACUGCCCAGACCGGCUCCGCCAGCGCCACUAACUUCAUUGCCUUUGCCGCUCAAUACAAGGCCCACGGCCUGGACCCCAUCACAGUCCGGUUUCUCCUCUGGCCCAAUGACACGGUCUGCGUUCUGCACAAUAACCAGAGUGUGACAUUUGAGACCAGCCGGGAAGAGGCCGAAGGCACAGAAAUGUUCUCUGCCCCUGGGGUCCUGCUGGCUCGCAACGGCUCCCUGGUCUCAGCCAGCUUUGACAGCACGGUGACCGUCUCAGUGACUGCCCUCUCCAACAUCCUCCACGCCUCAGCCAGCCUCCCGGAGGAGUACUGGGACCACACCGAGGGCCUCCUAGGGGUCUGGAAUGACAACCCAGAAGACGACUUCAGGAUGCCCAAUGGCUCCUCUGUCCCCCACAGCAGCUCUGAGGAGACGCUUUUCCACUAUGGAAUGACCUGGGCUCUCAACGGAACAGGACUCCUUGGCACAAGAAGUGACCCGCUGCCUUCCAACUUCACCCCAGUCUUCUUUUCCCAACUGCGGGCAAACAAAUCCCUGGCCUCCGGGUGUGAUGGGGACGCACAGUGCAUCUACGACACGAUGGCCACUGGAGACCCCCACACAGGCCUCCACACCAGGGCGCUCUUCAGAGCAUACCAGCUGAUGAAUACCACCCUCAAUCAGUUCCCACCCUCCAUUAACGGCAGCCACGUGAUCGAAGCCUACAAGGACCAGACCUCCACGUUUCAGUGGACGAGCGAUUCUGCGAACAUCACCUUCAAGCUCCAAGGGACCAACACCUCCUUCCAGCAUUUUGAGAACAACGGGACUUUGCUGUGGACCCCAAAGUCGCCAGAACCAGUCACCCUGGAGAUUCUAGCUCGAGACCCCCGGACCGGCUUGUUGUCUGUCCUCCAGCCCAAGGUGGUGGCCUGCUUUUGCAAUGCAACCAGCCAGUGUCUGUACAGUGAGACCCGCCGGGUGGGCAACUCUUCCCUCGAGGAGGCCAGCUGCCGGUGCAACAGCGACACCUUUGGCCGCCAUUGUGAACGCUCCAAGGACCCCUGUGAUGAGCCGUGCUUCCCGAAAGUGCAGUGCACCCCUGGGGCUGGCUGCGGGGCCUGCCCCCUGAACAUGGCUGGGGACGGGAGGCACUGUGCAGCUCCAGUGGGACUGCUGACCGCCGCCCCCUCCACAGCCCUCCUCUGUCAGAACCAGUCCUGCCCCACGAAUUACUGCUAUAACCGCGGCCACUGCUACAUAUCUCUGGUGCAGGGCUGCCAGCCCGCUUGUACCUGUCCCCCGGCCUUCACAGACGCCCGCUGCUUCCUGGCAGGCAAUGCUUUCGUUCCCUCCAUCCUCGAAGAGCUUCCCCUGAGGACCAUCCAGCUGUCGCUCCAUGAGGAGGAAAGCGCCGAAAAGGAAGAUGUGAACGCCUCGGUGGCGUAUAAGCUGGGGCACCUGGACGUGCGGGCCUUUCUCCGCAACAGCCGUGUGGAGCGCGGCCAAUCCACUGAGGCACUGCCCUCCGGACGCCACUCCAUCCAGCACUGGACGGUGGUCUCGGAGUUCGAGUACCAUCCCCGGGGCCCUGUCAUCCACUUCCUGAACAAUCAGCUCCUGAACGCGGUGGUCAGCGCCUUCCUCCCCCAGGCUCGGGGCGUGAGGCAGAGGAGGAGCACAGAGGCCCGGACCAACGUGACCUUCCAGCCCAUCAGCAGGGAAGAUGUGUUGGACAUCCGGGCUCCGCUAAACUCGAACAACCUGAGCUUGUAUUUCAAGUGCGACGGUUACGAGGGCUACCGCCUAGUCUACAGCCCCGAGAACGGAGUCACCUGCGUGUCCCCAUGCAGCGAGGGCUACUGUCGGCACGGAGGCCAGUGCCAGCACCUGCCGGAUGGGCCGAACUGCAGCUGCCAGUCUUUCUCCAUCUACACAUCCUGGGGCAAGCGCUGCGAGCACCUGAGCUUGAAACUCGACGCCUUCUUCGGGAUCCUUUUCGGGUCCCUGGGCGCCCUCUUGCUGCUGGGGGUCGUCGUCUGGGUGGCCCUGCGCCUAUGGGGCCCGGCCAGGCCCAAGUUCUCCUACCCUCUUCGCUUGGAGAACUGAGGCCUCGCCCAGGUGGCUGCUGUAGACCCUGACCUCCCCGCACAAUGGUCCUCCUUCACGCACCAUUGCUUCGGGGACACUGGAUGGGGAGGGGAUGAGGGUGACCGGGACUCUGCAGGAGGAGCGGAUGACAGAGGGCUUGCGACUGGCGUUCUACAGUGUUAGACCCAAGCGCACAGAAGGGGCCGUGAAGACGCAACACACCAGUGAGUGGGUUCUCACCCGGCACACCCGGGAGGAGGUCACUGGCCUGUGUGGGAAACGUGUGUGCAAGCUACUCAAACGCACAGCACAGCUGCUCCAAGUUAACCAAAAUGCCUUUACACACAAAACUCUGGUUUACUGCUCAUUAAAGUUGGUUUAAAUGAAA